GACCAUUGCUCUUCUCUGCACAUACCUGGAACCGGCUCCUUACCUCAUCGUCAUCAACGAUAAGCAUGAACUGUGUCCUGCUCAACAGCCGAUACAGUAAAGUAUUUUUGCACCUCAUCAACUAUCCUCCUGUGCAUGCCUGUGGAACUCGCAUAUCGAGGAGAUGUUGAUAAGCACAUUGACUCACUCGCCCUAAUAACGACCUCUACUCGUUCCGCUACCUUACACAACUCCAACAAGUAUUUAAAGAAUAUGCUCCACAAACUCAGCCUCACUUGUUGCUCUCGCUGUCUCCUGAGAUUGAUGAAUUAGAAAUACCCAUCGUGCUUAUCAUGGUGCAGGAAACCACAAUGUUGGAACGAGCGGUGGGUCCCACGGAGAAGGGGGCUUUGACCCACAACGGGGACAAAGGCUACUUCUUUAGAAAUAAGACGCUGACAACGUCCACUUGCAACCCUUACAUCAAGACCUUCAAGGCCAUGGAGUACGCCGCCCGAGGCCCCGUCAUCCUGAGAGCCAUGCAGAUCGAGGCAGAGCUACGCUCCGGAGUCAAGAAGCCUUUUCGCCAAGUUAUCAAAGCCAACUUGGGGGACGCCCACGCCAUGGGGCAGAAACCCCUCAGUUUCGUGAGACAGGUUUUGGCCUUGGUGGCGUGCCCGAACCUCCUCGAGACGACCCAUUAUUUCCCCGACGAUGUGAAGCUGAAAGCCAGGUCAAUCUUGGAUCAGUGCCGAGGAGGAAGUGUGGGUGCUUACACUGACUCGCGAGGUCUGGAAGUGGUCAGAAAGUGUGUUGCAGACUACAUUGAACGCAGAGACGGCAUUCCGUCCGAUCCGGAGAACAUCGUGGUCACAGCAGGUGCUUCGGAGGGAAUUCGGUCUUGUCUCAAGUUGUUCAAGGGUGUUGAGGGGGAGGAGAAAAGGUCAGGGGUGCUGGUGCCAGUUCCGGAGUAUCCCCUCUAUUCUGCCACCCUUGGAGAGUACAAUAUAGCAAAGAUAAAUUACUACUUGGACGAGUCGGAUGGGUGGGGUUUGAGUCGGGUGGAGCUGGAACGCGCCUUGACGGAGGGGCGAAAGGUGGCCGAGCCGAGGGCGAUCGUAGUCAUAAAUCCAGGCAACCCCACAGGCCAAGUCCUCACCAGGAGCAACAUGGAGCAAGUCAUCCGGUUCGCGUAUGACGAGAGGCUCGUCAUCUUGGCUGAUGAAGUUUACCAGGACAAUGUGUACGAGGAUGCCGAGUUCGUCUCGUUCAAGAAGGUUCUGAGCCAAAUGCCAGCCCCCUUCAACGGGGUGGAACUCGUCUCAUUCUACUCCUGCUCCAAAGGUUUUGUCUGCGAGUGCGGUCUGCGAGGAGCAUAUUUCGAAUGUACCAAUAUGGAUCCCGAGGUAAAGUCCAUUCUGUUGGCGACGGCAGCAGCAAAACUGUGUCCCACGGUGCUAGGCCAGGCUGCCGUUGCAUGUUCCGUGGACCCACCGCGACCUGGUGACCCCUCCUACGCCGCCUUCCGCUACGAGAAGGACAACAUUCUCAACGGUCUGGGAGAACGGGCUCGUCUGGUCACGGAGGUGUUCAACUCGAUCCCCCUCGUGUCCUGCUCCCCAGUUCAAGGAGCGCUCUACGCCUUUCCCAACGUCCAACUCCCGCAAAGUGCAAUCAACGCUGCGAUAAGAUUGGGACAAGAACCGGAUGUCUUUUAUGCAUUAGAAUUACUCGAAGAAACCGGAAUAUGUGUGGUUCCAGGGUCGGGGAUUGGACAGAAAGAGGGCACCUUCCACUUCAGAACAACGAUUCUCCCCGAGACGAGUCAGUUGGUGGAUAUGUUGGACAGAUUUAAGAUAUUUCAUCUCAAUUUUAUUAAAAAAUAUGCAACACUCGAGACAUAACUGUAAAAGCUAACAAAGGAUUUAUGUACUUUUGUAAUUAAGUGAAUAUUGUAUUACGAAUGUUGGACAAAGCAGUCUCACGUUGACUUUAGAAUAUUUUUUGUAUAUGCUCUACCAUUAAGUUAAUAUUUAUAUCAAUAAAGCAUUAAAUUAUUGCUGCACACUUUCA